AUGUCACGAAAAGCUCUUACAAGACCACUUACCGCACUCGCGACAUCCAUGAGCAAGAGGAUCGAUCGCAUGAAUGAGCCGUUAAAGCGUCAUGUUGAAGAGCAUUACCGCUCGGGUGAGGAUCUCUGUGCAAGUGUUUGGCGUGAGUACUGGUCAUAUCAAAGGGCACUCCUUCCUUACCGUUGGAGAAGGCUCUCCGGUGAGCUGUCGUACAUAAGAGGGGGGCGGCUUUCCUUAGCUGCAACGGAGACAAAGGACGUCGUUCUUUAUCUCCGUGCAAUCACGAAAUGUUUGUUUCUAUUUCUUCUGUGUACCGUAGUGGGACGUCGUUCCGUUUUCCCUCCACUGGAGCCCGGCUCUCCAUUCGCUCAAGAAAUUGAAGCAAACUGGCAGCCAAACCACAGACGUGGUGUUUUGUAA